AUGUUCUUUCUUGCUCUGCUUGGAAACAGCCUCCUUCUGCUUCUCAUUAAAAAUGACUCUGGUCUGCAGACCCCAAUGUACUUUUUCCUCAGCCAGUUAGCCUUCAUGGACCUCUGUCAGGUUUUAUCAGUUGUUCCUCAAAUGACAGUGGAUUUUGUUACCCAGAAGUAUACGAUUUCACUCUAUGGAUGUGUCAUCCAGAUUUUUGUCACAUUGGUCCUAGGAGGAGCAGAAUGCUUCACCCUGGCUACCAUGUCAUAUGACAGGUAUGUGGCCAUCUGUAGGCCUUUGCUAUACCCAGUCCUCAUGAGGAGAAAAAUCUGCUACACCUUGUCAGUGGGUGUCUGGCUUUGGUCUUCUGUACAAGCUUUGUGCUGUUCCAUUUAUGUCCUGCCUCUUCCCUACUGCAAGUCCAAUGUGAUUAAUCAUAUUGCUUGCGAGUAUACGGCCCUCAUGCAGCUUUCCUGCUCUGACACCUCAGCAUUUGAAAAGGCAACCUACCUUGGAGAUUUCCUGGCAUUUCUCCUCCCCAUUUCAGUCAUCCUUGCUUCCUAUGUAGCCAUUCUUCUGCAAGUCCUGAGGCCUCGCUCCUCUGAGAGAAGCUACAAGGCCUUGGGCACCUGCUUGUCUCAUUUGUGUGUGGUGGGGCUCUUCUAUGGAGCAUCCAUGUUGACGUACAUGACGCCCGUAUCCUCCUAUUCAGCACAAAGGGCCAUGAUUAACUCAGUGUUCACUACCCUGUUCCCUGCCAUGAUGAACCCUUUCAUAUACAGUCUGAGGAACCGGGAUGUGUUAGCAGCCCUGAGAAAACGUUUUGCAAAAUAUGGAUUGCAGAAAUGA